CCGGCCCAGCAGGGGCAGACAGUAAUAGAGGGGCUGGUGAAAUGGAGUUGGUACAACAUCACUAUUGCAGCCUCCACCGCAGAGGGGACUGGACCCAGCAGCCCUGCUGUGCUCUGCAGAACAGACGAGGACGGUGAGCGUGAGAGCCGCAGAUCAGACCUAAACGUUAUUGACUGCUAAGUUGAUUAUUUACCGGCUAGACCUUUGGUCACUUAAUUAAUUCCACACGUGUGCUCAGUUCCCGGCGCAGCCCCUCGUCAGGUGGAUGUCCAGCCGCUGAACUCCUCGGCUCUCCGAGUCACGUGGCGCCCAGUGUUGCCACGGUUACGGCAAGGCCAGAUCCGUGGCUACCAGGUGCAUUUCAGCCAGGCAGAGAGCGGUGAAUCACGCAACCUUCCCCGGAUCAAAGACCUCUUAUUGGACGAGUCUCAGAUGGAGGAGGAUGACGCGACUCAAUAUGAGCUGAUUUUAGGAGAUCUGAAAGCAGAGACUUUGUACUCUGUCUCUGUGGCAGCAUACACCACCAAAGGGGAUGGAGCACACAGCAAAGCCAAGCUGGUGCAGACCCCGGGGAUUGUGCCUGGUCCCCCCUCCCUUUGGGUGCGUUCGGGAUCGAGCCCGUCAGUUGUGGUGCGGUGGGCUCCUCCGCUGGAAUGCUCUGACAGCCGGGGGGCCCCGGUGGAAAUCCAGGGCUACCGCCUACAGUUUGGCCUGAAGAAUAGCUCUUUAGACACCACGGUGGAUUUCACAAAUCGUGAGAGAAACUUCACUGCGAGAGACCUCUCCCCAGGCUCCUCCUACAUCUUUGUGCUCGCCGCAAAGAGCCGAGCAGGCUAUGGAGAUGUAGUCCAGCAGGAAAUAACAGUCCCUAUGUUUCCUCCCGUGGGAUACCCCAAAAUAUCUGACUUUGUUAAUGUCACUUGCUGCUCCCUGCAGUUGUCCUGGCUGCCCCCAACCCCAGAGGAGAGCAACGGUGUGAUUACAGAGUACACUCUAGCCUACAAAGAGGCUGCACACACCCAACCCUCUGCUGACCCAGGCCCCUCCGCUUUUCCAACCCCCUUUGCUCCUCCACGGCUGAUAACGCUACCAGCAAGUGAGUCGAGCUACACCAUCCUGGGCCUCAAUCACAGCAAAGCCUACGAGGUGCAGCUCAGAGCCCACAACAAGGCAGGGCCGGGCCCCUUCAGCCCGCUACUGGUGCGCCUCACCCUGUCCUUGGAAACAGGUAGGGCUGGCCUCCGGCCUCAGGAACACCUUUCUAAGCACUGGUUCAACUUCACAUCUCCCCUUACUGUGGAUUUCACUCCAAAAACACUAAACUUAAUGAAGUCUGGGCCAGUUCUUACAGGUCUGCCUCUCACCAGUGCACCUCAGAGAGGAUGAGAACUGCAAAGUGCGGGACACAACUACUCUCCCCAAUCUCCUCCACUCACUCACUUAUACCUUCAUCACCUACCCUUCACCACCAGUGGAAGCAGGCUGAAUGUUAAUGGAUGUUUGCUUCAAGAGCACUGCUUAUCACAAACCCUCAGGUAAAAGUCAAUACAGGGCUCGGAUAUACAGUAUCUAAUAGCGAAGGUAAGUGUUCGGUCUGAUUUGAAGCGAAAACCGGCGUCUGGCGCUGUAUCUGCAGGUAAGCUUUUUUUAUCUGAUAGACCUUCACUACCACCUUUUCCAAAGGCUUUGCUGAAGUCUGAGUCUAACAAACACAACCUUACACUCUAACAACGUGGCAUGUCACAUUCCUGCAGCCAGUCUGUCUCUUACUUGUACUUAUUACUCUUGCCAUCCACUUUCCUCAUCACCUGCCUAUCCUCCUAACCAUCAUGUCUUUCCCCCUCCUCAGUAACUGACCGGGCUGUUCUCCAUUUUUACAGGUCUGGAAAAGCAGAGGACGCCGCGAUUUUAAUAAAACGCUUCAUCACGAGUGACUCUCUGCCUGUUUGUUUCUUCACU